CAACGCAGUCGGCAGGUGCGAGGCUUGUAUGUCAUCGUUGAUCCAGACGCCACGAAGGGCAGAGAUGUAAUCGAGAUCGCGGAAGCAACCCUUCGAGGCGGCGCGAGCGUCAUACAGUUGCGUGAUAAGACGCGCGACAAGGGCGAGGUGCUCCAGAUUGCCCGCACUCUCAGAGCGUUGUGCGACGCGCACGACGCGUUGUUCAUCGUCAACGAUGACGCGGACAUAGCCCUGCUGUCCGAUGCGCACGGCCUCCAUGUUGGGCAGACCGACCUGCCUGUUGGCGAAGCGCGGCGUGUCCUGACACCAGAGCAGAUUGUGGGGCGCUCCAACAACGGCGUCGAAGAGUCGCUGCACUCGGCAGGGCAGGGUGCGGAUUACGUGGCCGUGGGCGCGGUAUACUCCACGACGACGAUGGGCAAGAGUGGCAGAACCUCCCUCGGGCCCGACAUGAUACGCCAAGUCAAGCAAGCCGUAUCCGCGCCCGUCGUCGCCAUAGGUGGCAUCAACGCCGACAACAUCGCCGAAGUCGCCCGCGCCGGCGCAGACUGCAUCUGCGUGGUGAGCGCGGUUACUUACGCUGAUGACCCUGGGAGAUCAACAGCCGAGCUUGUGGAGAUAAUUGAAAGCGCACGUUAA